AUGGCCGCGGUGUGGCAGCAAGUCUUAGCAGUGGAUGCAAGGUACAACGCGUACCGCACGCCAACCUUUCCACAGUUCCGGACACAGUACAUCCGGCGGCGCAGCCAGCUGCUGCGAGAGAAUGCCAAGGCUGGGCACCCCCCAGCACUGCGUCGACAGUACCUGAGGCUUCGUGGGCAGUUGUUGGGCCAACGUUACGGACCCCUCUCUGAGCCAGGCAGUGCUCGUGCGUAUAGCAACAGCAUCGUCCGCAGCAGCCGCACGACCCUUGACCGCAUGGAGGACUUUGAGGAUGAUCCUCGAGCUCUAGGGGCUCGUGGGCACCGCCGUUCUGUCAGCCGAGGCUCCUACCAGUUGCAGGCCCAGAUGAAUCGUGCUGUCUAUGAGGACAGGCCUCCUGGUAGUGUGGUUCCCACAUCAGCAGCAGAGGCAAGUCGGGCCAUGGCUGGAGACACAUCACUGAGUGAGAACUACGCUUUUGCCGGCAUGUACCAUGUCUUUGACCAGCAUGUGGACGAGGCAGUCCCAAGGGUGCGCUUCGCCAAUGAUGACCGGCACCGCCUAGCCUGCUGCUCACUCGAUGGCAGUAUCUCACUGUGCCAGCUGGUGCCCGCCCCACCUACCGUGCUCCGUGUGCUGCGGGGCCAUACCCGUGGUGUCUCCGACUUUGCUUGGUCCCUCUCCAAUGACAUCCUCGUGUCCACUUCGCUCGAUGGCACCAUGCGUAUCUGGGCCUCUGAGGAUGGCCGCUGCAUCCGUGAGAUCCCUGACUCUGACGGCGCUGAACUGCUCUGCUGCACCUUCCAGCCUGUCAAUAACAACCUCACUGUGGUGGGGAAUGCCAAACACAACGUUCAUGUCAUGAACAUCUCCACGGGCAAGAAAGUGAAGGGUGGCUCCAGCAAGCUGACAGGCCGUGUCCUCGCUCUUUCCUUUGAUGCCCCUGGCCGGCUGCUCUGGGCAGGUGAUGACCGCGGCAGUGUUUUCUCCUUCCUCUUCGAUAUGGCCACAGGGAAGCUGACAAAAGCCAAGCGUCUGGUGGUGCAUGAGGGCAGCCCUGUGACCAGCAUCUCUGCCCGCUCCUGGGUCAGCCGCGAAGCUCGGGACCCCUCGCUGCUCAUCAAUGCUUGUCUCAACAAGCUACUGCUCUACAGAGUGGUGGACAAUGAAGGGACCCUGCAGUUGAAGAGAAGCUUCCCCAUUGAACAGAGCUCACACCCCGUGCGCAGCAUCUUCUGUCCCCUUAUGUCCUUCCGCCAGGGCGCCUGUGUGGUGACGGGUAGUGAGGACAUGUGUGUGCACUUCUUUGAUGUGGAGCGGGCAGCCAAGGCUGCUGUCAACAAGCUUCAGGGUCACAGUGCACCUGUGCUUGAUGUCAGCUUCAACUGCGAUGAGAGCCUGCUAGCUUCCAGUGAUGCCAACGGCAUGGUCAUCGUCUGGAGGCGUGAGCAGAAAUAGGGUCCUUUCGGCCCUGCCACCAUCUCCCUUCUCACCUCCCUCCCCCGUUACCCCAGCCUUGCAUUUGUAAAUAAACUCUCCCCUGGUUGUGCUGA